UCUCUCUCUCUCUCUAUGUAUACUCCUACUGAUGGGUGGUUUGUUGCUGCUUGUUUGUAUGUUCUCAUCCUGGUAUUUGCGCCUGGUGCUCUUUGUAAUCUUGUUGCUGUGUAGUGCUGUUUUUGUUGGGCAGGAAAAAAAAGAAAAAAAAAUUAUGGUGAACAAUGGUAGGUCAGUCUCUCCGACGACAUCACCGGUGAUGGAUCCCGGAAUAUGGAGCCGGCUUCCGGAGCAUCUCCUGGAACAAGUCCUCUCCUUCCUCCCAUUGAAAACCUUCUUGAGUCUCAGAUCAACCUGUAAACGCUUCAAGUCUCUCACCUUCUCUCCUUCAUUCGUCUCCAAACACUCCUCAUCUUCCUCACCUUUCUCUUCCUUUCUCUUGCUUUCUCACCCACAAUUCCACCACCACUACCCUCUCUACGACACUAUCCUCACCACCUGGCGCAAGUCAUCUCUCCCCCUCUCUCUGGCCUUAUCCUGCGCCCCCUCCACAUCCCUUCUCUCCGCCUCCAAUGGCCUCCUCUGUUUCUAUCUCCCAAACUCGCCCUCUUUUCUGGUCUGCAAUCUCCUGUCCAAUUCCUCAAGAAUUGUGGAAUUCCCAACAUACCCUUUUGCUUUUGAGUUGCUUACUCUGGUUUCGUCAUCGCAAGGGUACCGAAUUUUCAUGCUUUCCUCUUCUGGUGGGUCAUCAAGCGCUGCCUUCGUGUACGAUUCUAGGGUUCAUUCGUGGCGGCAAUUUCAGGGAUUUAAGCUGAAUCUCAGUGACAAUUUUCAUCAAGAAGGUGUUUUCUAUAAUGGGUAUUUGUAUUUUGCAACCCCGGAGCCUUUUUCGAUUGUGUGCUUUGAUUUGGAGACUGGGAAAUGGGGGAGCUCAAUGAUUGAGUUACAGGGUGAGCUUACUUUUGCUCGGUUGUUGAGUAAUGGGGAUGACAAGUUGUACUUGGUCGGUGGAAUUGGGGGGAAUGGGAUUUCAAAAAGCAUGAAAUUGUGGGAAUUGAAUGGAAAUGGAGGAGGGAAUUGGGUUGAGGUCGAAAGGGUGCCGGAGAUGAUGUGUAGGAAAUUUGUAUCGGUUUGCUACCAUAACUAUGAGCAUGUGUAUUGUUUGUGGCAUGAAGGGAUGAUUUAUGUGUGCUGCUAUACUUGGCCGGAGAUUUUGUAUUAUAAGGUUUCGAGGAAGACUUGGCAUUGGUUGCCCAAAUGCCCAUUGUUGCCUGAGAAAUGGAGCUGUGGAUUCAGGUGGUUUUCCUUUGUUCCUGAUUUAUAUGCCUUUGUUUGAGUUAUAUAUAUAUAUAUAUAUGUAUGUAUGUAUAUAUAUAUAUAUAUUUGUACAUAUAUAUAUAUAUUUGUCCCCAAUUCUGUAUUUGAGCUGUUCUUGCUUGAAGAAAUUAGUAUUCAUGUUAUUCCUUAUCAGUUGUUUAUAUAUAUAUAUAUAUAUAUGAAAGAUUGUAUCAGUGAUUUGUUGAAAUGCUAGAUAUGUUCUUGGGAUUUCAUGAUUCUGUUUUCCACGCA